UGCGCAGUGCAAAAUUAUCAGAUAUAAUGACUAGCUUUGAGACACAACUAGUCAAGGCAUUGGCUGAGCCUGUUGAGUCCCUCUUUGAAGCAGGGGGAAAAGACACUUGUCUUUCUAUCAGAAAACUUCUUAAACGUGAGACUGAAGCUGUUGUAUCAGAAUUUUCAACUUCCAUUGCUGGUUUUGAGCUUGAUGAAGAAACAAUUGAAAGAAUGCAACAAAGCCUAAGGGACCAUGGAAGAAAAGUGGUGGAAAAUAAAGCAAGAGAAGAAGCUGGAAAGAUUCUUAUUCGCAUGAAGGAUAGGUAACAUCAUUUUAAAGAUGUCUAUAUUCAUCUAUUUGGUGAAUCUUGGGUUUGCAUUCUAUAAAUUGAUUGAUUGACUUAACUCAGGGGUUAUAAGGAUUGAAAUAAGUCAUGAUGCUCUGCUAAUUUUUGUAUUCAUUGAUGCCUUUUGUUGGGAUCGA